AUGAACAACACUUCCAGCCCGGGGAAAGCACCGGACACAGUGCCGGACUCAGCGCCAGACUCACGACCAGACUGGGAGCCGGACUGGCAAUCGGCGAACCAGAUCAAAGAGCGACUCAUUGAUAACGUUCAGAAGAUCUGGCGUGCCCAGGCCGUCCCCAUGACCUGGGAGGAGUCCGUCCAGCGACAAUUCCGCUUCGGAGGCGAAGAAGACGAAGAAGAACCCAUGGAAAGCGGCUCACUUGUUGCCGACAACAACCCCAAGGGAUACAUCUGGUUUCCUCACAACUCAAGCAAUGUCAAGGACCCUGAGCUGCUCAGAGAACGACAAGACAUCACGGCAGAACUCCACCGCCAGCCAUCACUUGCUGUUCUUGUUGACCGAUUGCUGAAUAAGGAGAUCGAGGACAAUGCUCUGCUCGCUUUCGAAACGAAUGGCUCACUGGAUGACGUCCCCUCUCCGACCAAGCUCACGGCUGGAGCGAAGAUCAAGCUCAUAGCCAAGUAUCGGAUCAGCUCUGACAACUUCGGUUCGAAACGGUCCAGCCCAAGCCCAGAGCCCCAACCAGGUCCAGAUCCCCAACCAGGUCCAGAUGGUCAGAUCAAGAUGUACCUAUUAAAGGUAACUCAAGAGAAGAUGCUCGACUACUGGGAUUUCCUCUACCAACGCGGCAUCGAUCUGAAAGCGUUCCACCGCCUACUCGAGAAGGAAUACAAGCCGUGGACCCAGCCUGGUUUCAACGAGUCUGCCCAAUAUUACGCCUUGCUCGGUACUGGUAAAGAUGUGCGGGCGACCGAACGUGAGGAAAUACACGACUUUCUGACCCGCGGAGCCCGUGAGAGCUGGUCGUACAGACCGCUCGACUUGUCUGGAGCCACUCCGAGAAUACCUAAGAACCCCUGGGAGCUUGUCGACGAUGAAGAGCAGUAUCAGGCUAUGCUUGAACUUCUGAAGGAUGGCGACCGUUCUUUCAUCUUCAUACCGACCUGGCUCAUCGGGGAUGCUACGCUGGUUAGUAAGCAGCAGCAUGCAAUGCAACAGGGCACAUCGAGUUCAGGAGCCGCACAGCAAGCACCCGCGGCUACGGGUCCUACAGAAGGGCAGGAGCAGGACUUGGAGGAGGAGGAGCUGGACUCUGUCGAUAUGGUAUCGACCGGGAAUGCAUCUCAAGGAACUUGA